GGGUACACCUCUCGGGCCUCGGCCAGGGCGAGCCUCCUGGCCAAGAGCUCUCAAACUCCAAAUCUUUCCCGGAGCAAGCGAACGGGCCUAGCUGCCACUCCUCUCCCGAAAGGGCGUCAGGGUCCUGGCUGCCAGGCCUCAGCCCCCUCCCCGGGAAGCCGUCGCGAAGAGGUCCCCAGGGGCUGCAGCGUCUAAGGCCCUCUACAUUCAAUGCAACGAGCUUUCCGCCAGGCUGAGGUCCCUGCCGCUGAGGGCGGAAGUGGUAAGACUGACGUGUCCUGGGCCGCGCUGCCGAUCGCCGGGAGGACCCCCGCCUUGCCCAGGACGGGCGGGGCGAGCCGAGCCUCACGGGGUCGCCGGAGCUGGGCCGGGCCUCCAGAUGGAGAAGGCGCAGCGGGGAGUUCUUGAGUAAGCCAGAGCUGUGUCCAGCGCGGUGUAGCCGCAGCCGCAGCUGUCAGGCGCAGCAGCGGGCAACCCCGUGGAGGUCGGUUGCCAGGUCCUCUCCAACCCGCCGCUACCGCGCCGCUCUGGUAGACCCCGGCAGGAGCCCAAGGGCAGCUACGGGGCCGCGGAGGCCGCUGGCGCCGCCUCGGCCAGCCCUUCCCGCGCGGUGAGGACCUCGGGGCUAUGGCGGGAAGGGACCCGAGGAUUCCCCCAAACAGGUUCCACUGCCUUAAGGAUGACAGUCAUAGGGAACCCUCGAAGUUGGAGCUGCCAGUGGUUGCCAAUCCUGAUACUGUUGCUGGGCACAGGCCAUGGGCCAGGGGUGGAAGGCGUGACACACUACAAGGCCGGCGACCCUGUUAUUCUAUAUGUCAACAAAGUGGGACCCUACCAUAACCCUCAGGAAACUUACCACUACUAUCAGCUUCCAGUUUGCUGCCCUGAGAAGAUACGUCACAAAAGCCUUAGCCUGGGUGAAGUGCUGGAUGGGGACCGAAUGGCUGAGUCUUUGUAUGAGAUCCGCUUUCGGGAAAACGUGGAGAAGAGAAUUCUGUGCCACAUGCAGCUCAGUUCUGCACAGGUGGAGCAGCUGCGCCAGGCCAUCGAAGAACUGUACUACUUUGAAUUUGUGGUAGAUGACUUGCCAAUCCGGGGCUUUGUGGGCUACAUGGAGGAGAGCGGCUUCUUGCCACACAGCCACAAGAUAGGACUCUGGACCCAUUUGGACUUCCACCUAGAAUUUCAUGGAGACCGAAUUAUAUUUGCCAAUGUUUCAGUGCGGGACGUCAAGCCCCACAGCUUGGAUGGGUUACGACCUGAUGAGUUCCUAGGCCUUACCCACACUUAUAGCGUGCGCUGGUCUGAGACUUCAGUAGAGCGUCGGAGUGACAGGCGCCGUGGUGAUGAUGGUGGUUUCUUUCCUCGAACACUGGAAAUCCAUUGGUUGUCCAUCAUCAACUCCAUGGUGCUUGUGUUUUUACUGGUGGGUUUUGUGGCUGUCAUUCUAAUGCGUGUGCUUCGGAAUGACCUGGCUCGGUACAACUUAGAUGAGGAGACCACCUCUGCAGGUUCUGGUGAUGACUUUGACCAGGGUGACAAUGGCUGGAAAAUUAUCCAUACAGAUGUCUUCCGCUUCCCCCCAUACCGUGGUCUGCUCUGUGCUGUGCUUGGCGUGGGCGCCCAGUUCCUGGCCCUUGGCACUGGCAUUAUUGUCAUGGCACUGCUAGGCAUGUUCAAUGUGCACCGUCAUGGGGCCAUUAACUCGGCAGCCAUCUUGUUGUAUGCCCUGACCUGCUGCAUCUCUGGCUACGUGUCCAGCCACUUCUACCGGCAGAUUGGAGGCGAGCGUUGGGUGUGGAACAUCAUUCUCACCACCAGUCUCUUCUCUGUGCCUUUCUUCCUGACGUGGAGUGUGGUGAACUCAGUGCACUGGGCCAAUGGUUCGACACAGGCUCUGCCAGCCACAACCAUCCUGCUGCUUCUGACGGUUUGGCUGCUGGUGGGCUUUCCCCUCACUGUCAUUGGAGGCAUCUUCGGGAAGAACAACGCCAGCCCCUUUGAUGCACCCUGUCGCACCAAGAACAUCGCCCGGGAGAUUCCACCCCAGCCCUGGUACAAGUCUACUGUCAUCCACAUGACGGUUGGAGGCUUCCUGCCUUUCAGUGCCAUCUCUGUGGAGCUGUACUACAUCUUUGCCACAGUAUGGGGUCGGGAGCAGUAUACUUUGUACGGCAUCCUCUUCUUUGUCUUCGCCAUCCUGCUGAGUGUGGGGGCUUGCAUCUCCAUUGCACUCACCUACUUCCAGUUGUCUGGGGAGGAUUACCGCUGGUGGUGGCGAUCUGUGCUGAGUGUUGGCUCCACUGGCCUCUUCAUCUUCCUCUACUCAGUUUUCUAUUAUGCCCGGCGCUCCAACAUGUCUGGGGCAGUACAGACAGUAGAGUUCUUUGGCUACUCCUUACUCACUGGUUAUGUCUUCUUCCUCAUGCUGGGCACCAUCUCCUUUUUUUCUUCCCUAAAGUUCAUCCGGUAUAUCUAUGUUAACCUCAAGAUGGACUGAGUUCUGUGUGGCAGAAGUAUUGCUGUUCUCUCCCUUUCUUCAUGCCUCGUUGAGCUCUCCUACCAGCUUCUCUUCUGAUUGACUGAGUUGUGUGAUGGCAUUGUUGCCUUCCCCUUUGCCCUUUUGGCCUUCCUUCCCCAGAGAGGGCCUGGAAAUUAUAAAUCUCUAUUACAUAAGGAGUAUAUAUUUGAAAUUUUUAAGUUGCCUUUAGUUUUGGUCCUGAUUUUUCUUUUUACAAUUAUCAAAAUAAAAUUUGUUAAGAAAAAGGA